UCUCACUUAACUUAUUGGAAAUUAAUUGUUCACAAUUUGUUUAAUUUUGGUUGAUUAACCAUUAUCAUCACUACUUAAGUAAUCAAUGUCAACAACAAUUAAUUUGGAUUAAGUUGUUCUAGUGGUUUACUAAUUAACCAUAACCAGGAAUUAGGAAAUUUAAUUUUUCUUUUUCUCAAUCAAAAAGUUAUCAAAAUCUAUUUGUUGUUACCCUCCGUUGACCUCCGUGUGAUUGUGUGUUGACCGUAGAGUCAUGGUCAACCUGAUUAACUAUCAAUUACCCUUUUUGUUAAUUAUACUUUUCAUUGGUGUUUUAUUGAUCUCUCUUAAUCCAGUUAAUUGUAUUAUCUCACAAACAGGAUGUGAAUGUCAAAAUAAAUUAGGAACAAUUAGAUUUACAUGUAAUGGAAUCAAUGUAAAUGGAUCAGCUUCAGGUUAUAAUUUUAUUGACCGUUAUUGUGCUGAAAAGGCUUCAAGUUAUGUGCCCAAGAAGCUUGAGAUGGCCUUUCAUGGCGGCUCCAUGUUGACCAUGAAAGAUGACACUUUCCAACGUAUUCCUAACCUUUCAGCGGUCAAGAUUGCCUUUACUGACCUUUCCAAUAUUACCUGUAACCUUUUCUCAAAUUUAAGGCAACUUGAAACUCUUGAACUUUGGUACGAUCAGAUUAACUUUAUCUGUGAAACCUCAUUCCGUGAUUUGGCAAAUAUCAAGACGAUCACUUUGUCCGGUAAUAAAUUACACAAUAUACCUUCGGGUUUAUUUCGAGAGCUUAAAAAUUUAACUAUUCUUGACCUGGAUGCCAAUGAUAUCGAUUCAAUUUCCCCUGAAACCUUCAUUGGACUCGCUAAUUUAAAUAUUCUCAAUCUAAAGAAAAAUAAUCUCUCCGAUAUCGCUUGUUAUGCUUUCAAUGAACUUCGAGGACUUCAAGAGUUAUCUCUUGGUUCAAAUAGGAUUACAACCGUUUGUGAUAAUGGUUUCGAUGGACUAUUGACCAUCCAGUCUAUCGAUAUGUCCGAUAACAAUAUCUCAUCAGUUCCAGAUCGAUGUUUACAAUCGGUUAUUUCACUUAAAGCUUUGAACCUUUCGAAAAAUAAACUCAAACGGAUUCCCUCUCGAGCUUUCGAUAAGUUGACCAACCUUAAAUAUCUCAAUCUACUUGAGAAUCGUAUUGAAUAUAUCGACAAUGAAGCUUUCGCUGGAUUAAUCAACCUCGAAGGAUUAUAUUUAAAUGAGAACAAUUUAGAGUUAAUUGUUCGUAAAACUUUCACUGGACUUGAUAAUCUCAAGACUCUUGAUCUUGUCGCCAAUAAGAUUCGUGACAUUGAACUGAUGGGCUUAAGUGAUCUGAUUGAGCUUCGAAAUCUUGAUCUAUCUCGUAACACAAUUCACAAGCUAAAAAAGGAUAUGUUUUUUGGCCUACAAAAGUUGGAAUCGCUUGAUUUAAGUUAUAACAAGAUCGACAGUAUCGAGGUGGAUGUUUUUGAACCAUUUGAUAGUUUACGAUCAUUGGCCUUGGGUAAUAAUAAAUUAGCCCGACUUGAUGCUGACCUUUUAAAGGGACUGAAAGCUUUGAAAACUCUUGACCUGAAUGGUAACGAGAUCGCCAACAUAUCACCAAACGCUUUCACCGGCCUACCCGAACUAAGUUCACUUGACCUUUAUAAUAAUAAGAUCAGUACACUUAACGGUAACAUCUUCAUCCCAUUGUCCAAUUUAGCUGAGCUUAAAUUAGGUGUUAAUUCAAUAUCCAAGGUUGACCCGUUCACUUUUAAAGGACUUAAAAACCUACGAACAAUUGACCUGAGACUUAAUUCAAUCAAUGUGAUCGCUGAACGAGCGUUUAAAGAUCUUCGCAAUUUAACCAACCUCGAUCUUGGACAUAAUUACAUCUACACUUUGUCCAGUCAAACUUUUGUCGGACUUUCUAACCUUAAGAUACUCAACCUUUUCCAAAAUAAGUUGACCUUUAUACCGAAAAACGUUUUCUCCGACCUGGUCUCACUUCAGCGUUUGUACCUUCACAAUAACGCAAUCAUGCAAGUGCAAGAUAAUUGUUUCGCUAAUUUAGCCAACCUUCAAUUACUCAACAUGAGACUUAAUCAACUUGGUUAUAUCACUCGAGGAACCUUUUUCAUUGAGGAGCGAAACAACACCAAUCCAGUGGUAAUUAAUUUGCGAAACAAUAAAAUGAAAGCAGAUCAAAUUCGUUCGGACGCUUUUCUCAAGCCCAAAUCUCGAAAGGUCCGAUUGGAACUUCAACAAAAUCAAAUGACCUACGUUCCCGAAGAUCCGUUCAGACUUUUCCUCGCCAUGGGCAAUACUCUCCAUCUAAUGGACACACUAACACCGAACUCAAAUCCAAUCGAAUGCGAAUCCAAAUCAAAUAAAUGGUGGUUACAUGAUCGAGAAAACAAUCCAAGAGCUUAUCAAGAUUUCGGCUGCAAAUGAUUAACUUUAAUUGUCUCAUAACUUUGUUUACAAUUUGUGCCCUUUUAAUUAUCCCUCCAAUCAUAUAUACCGAUCAUUAAUCAUCUUAACUGUACUUUCCACCGAUUUAAUUUAGUUAAUUCACCUUAAUUGUUGCGUUGUUUUUAUAUACAUAAUUUAAUAGUUUGAAAAGUUUUUCAAUCACAGAAAACAAUUUAUUUAUAUUAUCAAA